UGAUCAGAAUCUAAGUCAUGAUAGUGCAUGUUAUUUCAGAAACACGCACACACAUACAUACUUACAAGAAAGAGACACCCAUGCCCCGCUGUCACACUCCGUGUGUGGAUUUGCUUGGAGCAGAUGGUCUAAAAUGAGUUCCUCAGGCUGGAUACUGACUGUGUGCCUUGUGGUUCUUGGAGUGAGCAUUCAUGCCGUGUGGGCUGAAGAUGGGCCGGGCAGCGAGAGGAACUGUUCUUCAAUUCCUCCGUAUCUGCCACCAACCGUUGUAGACACAACACUCAGACUUCAGAAACUCAGAGCAUCCAUGAGGCCCUUAAAUAUCUCUGCCUACAUCAUCCCAGCGACAGAUGCUCAUCUGAGUGAGUAUAUUGCUCCCAGAGAUGCAAGGUUGGCCUGGAUGUCUGGUUUCACUGGCUCUGCAGGCACAGCAGUUAUUACUCAAAACAAGGCAGUUUUGUGGACCGACAGCCGUUAUUGGAUUCAGGCUGAAAGACAAAUGGACUGUAACUGGGAGCUUGAGAAAGAUGUCGCCAUUCGCAGUAUUAGCAAUUGGUUGAUCAGUGAAAUUGCUGAAGGAGAUCAAAUUGGCAUUGACCCAUUCCUCUUCUCUGUUGACACAUAUAAAAGCUACAACACCAACCUGGCACCAGCGGACCGGAUAUUGAAGUCUAUCCCUGAUAACCUGGUCGAUAAAAUCUGGACAGACCGGCCUCCGUUGCCUUCUGACAAGCCCAUACGAUUGCCUGACAGUGUCAUUGAGAGAACAUGGCAGAUGAAGGUUGAUGAUAUACGCGCCCAAAUGAGCCUUAAUCCAUACAAGCCCACAGCAGUGCUCCUGUCUGCGCUGGACGAGACCGCAUGGCUGUUUAAUCUGCGAGGCAACGACAUCCCUUACCAUCCCUUUUUCUACUCCUACACUCUAGUGUCAACGGAUGAGAUAUGGCUCAUGGUGCACAAUGAACGAAUAACAGAAGAGUUAAAGGUAUAUCUAAAUACAUCAUGCUACACAGCCAACUGUGUACAGCUGAUCGAAUACAGCUCGGUGCGCACAUACCUGACCUCCUACCUAACAAGACCCAAUGUGAGGGUGUGGGUGGGCACAGAGUACACCAACCAGGCACUGUAUGAGCUAAUCACACCUGAGGAUAAACUCCUGACCAGCACCUACUCUCCUGUACUGACCACGAAAGCGGUGAAGGACUCAACAGAGCAGCGUAUUCUCAAAGAGGCUCAUGUAAGGGACGCAGUCGCAGUCAUGCAGCUCCUGAUGUGGCUUGAGAAGAAGGUUCAAGAAGGAUCAGAGACUGAGAUUACAGCAGCUCAAUUUGUCGAUCAGUGUCGCAGCAAGCAGAAGAAUAGCAGAGGACCAAGUUUUGAGACAAUUUCAGCAAGUGGACCUAAUGCUGCUCUUGCCCACUACAGUCCAACCAAUGAAACCACAAGAAAGCUGAGAGUUGAUGAGAUGUAUCUUGUUGACUCUGGAGGACAGUAUCUUGAAGGUACUACAGAUAUCACACGUACUGUGCACUGGGGUGCACCCACUGAGUUUCAAAAGGAGGCCUACACAAGGGUGCUCAUGGGAAAUAUUGACAUUUCAAGAACCAUCUUUCCUGCUGGAACUAGAGGUGUGAACAUAGAGAUGCUGGGACGCAGGGCAUUGUGGGAAAUUGGUUUGAAUUAUGGUCAUGGGACAGGUCAUGGUGUUGGGAACUACUUUGGAGUUCAUGAAUGGCCUGUGGGUUUUCAGUCCAAUAAUAUCCCAUUCCAAGAGGGAAUGUUCACAUCAAUAGAGCCUGGCUAUUACAAGGAGAAUGAGUUUGGCAUAAGAAUAGAGGACAUUGCUCUCACUGUUCCGGUAACAACAAAGUAUGGAAACAGUUACCUGACUUUCGAAACAAUCUCUUUGGUUCCUUAUGACAGAAACCUAAUAAACCCUUCUCUUCUAAGCCCUGAGCAGCUCCACUGGUUAAACUCAUACUAUGAGACCAUCCGAAGUGUGGUGGGUCCUGAGCUGGAGAGACAGGAACUGAAGGAAGAGUAUAACUGGAUGACAAAGCAUACAGCACCUUUCCUAAUAGCUGGUGCUUCAGCUAUCUCCUCAUUUACAUUGUUAGUGACAGUCCUGCUCUCUGCUUCACUUCAUCAUUUGCUUUAAAAGACAUGUGCAGGACAAGCUCACUUUCAGGUACAAACAGAAAAGCUCCAAUGCUAAAUAUGUUCAAUAAGUUGUUUACCCAUAGUGCCCUACAAAGGCAGUUACUUUGUUUUUUGGUUGAAAUGAGUUACUUAUAUUUAUGGGACAUUCAAGACCUCAUGUGUAUAAGUGAAGAGUUUCGUUGCAAAACGAGAUAACCACAGUUUUUUUUAAUUGUUCAGAAAUCUUGUUUUUUUGGUUGUGCAUUCCAAUUAAUUUCAAUGCAACUGCAGUUGGUUUGUUUUAAUUUAAACCUUCAUAACUUAAAAAAUACAGCUAAGAAGCACCAUAAAACAAAAUAAUAACAUGAUAACGUAAUAAUAAACAUGUUUUGAGAAAAAUGUUAAAAAAUGGAUUUAUCUCGUUUUGCAACGAAACUCUUCAAGUAUUUUGAGUCAAUUUUGUUGUUGUUGAUGUUGUUUUUUUGAGAAAAUAACUAUCAGGAAGUAAAUAACUUCACAAAAAUCUAAUCUAAAAAGUCAUUUUUCUUAAUUCUACACUUUUUUUGAGUUAAGUUUUUGUUGCCUUUGUAGGGCACAUCUAAGCACUGGCAAGGCUUCAUAAGGGCCAGGGUGGCACUGGCCCACUCAGAUUGACAGCUGCCCCCUGCCAGUCAGAAAAGACACAAGCUAUUUUUAUAAUAUAUAUUAUAAUAAUCUCUUAAAUGAUAACGCUAAAAUACACAUCAUUCAGAAAUAAAUAACCAUUCAUUACUUUCAUGUGUUUUUAAACCUGGCAAAUGUUAACAUUCAAGCAAUGGUGGCUGGUCUUCUGAGGGGCGCAAAUUCAAAAUUCGAAGUGUCGUGUGUUGCCGUGUUUUGAAAAUCUGCUUGUGUUUGUGUCAUUAUGUUAAUAAAACAACAAAAGACAAAAAGAAAAUCACUUCUGUGACUUUAAAAAGAUUCAUUAUAUUUAUUUAUAGAAUAAAUUUGAUUAUAUUUCUGUUAUACUGUUAUACUUUAUUUGUAACUUUGUUCUUUUCUUUUUUAUAAUUUUUUGAUUUGUUUUUAUUUUAUUUUCCUUUUUUCCGGUACUGAAAAUGAUUCGAUCCAUGACUCAAAAAACAUAAUGUAAUCCGUUUAACCAGAACUAUAUUGUAAAAUUAUGUAAUUUUAAGAGUAGGCAUUGAGGUCCACCCUAUUUAACUGAGGUCCACUCAGUUUACAAUUUCUGGCCUUGCUACUGUCUUUUAUAUUUCUUCUGUUUGAACUGGUUAGAGUUCAAGCAGAAGUUGAUGUGUUUCCUGACAAUCACAGGAUUUAGUUUAGGCUACAGUCACAAUUUUGACCUAAAAUGAAACGUUUGUUAAUAUUGUGUAAUAUAUUUAAUGGUAUACUGUAGAGUUGUUGCACUCAUUUACUUGUGCAGUGAAAGUUAAAUAUAAGGAAGUGAUCAAUGUGUUUGUAUGCUAAACAUACUGGACCAGAAAACAGAGUUGUUGAUUAAUAAUUUAUUAAACAAAGAGUACUUU